GGUCCUCACAGUUGUAGGCGCUGAUCCACAAGCUGCAAACACAAAUCGAUUGUUUAUUUUGCGUUUGUUUACAUUUUUUAACCAGCGAACAAAUGGCAUCGACUUUGCUAUCACCCAUGGUGGAUUAUUACACACGAUGAGGAGGGAACUCGACAGCGUGGAUGAGGAUGAUGAUCGGAGUUUCAGAGGACGAGACUCGGAAGAAGACACCGAGGAUGCCAGUGAAACAGAUCUGGCCAAGCAUGACGAGGAUGACUAUGUGGAAAUCAAAGAACAGAUGUACCAAGACAAACUGGCCUCUCUGAAAAGACAGUUGCAGCAAUUGCAAGAAGGCACACUGCAGGAGUAUCAGAAGAGGAUGAAGAAGCUGGACCAACAGUACAAAGAGAGGCUCCGAAACGCGGAUCUGUUUCUCCAGCUUGAGACAGAACAGGUGGAGAGGAACUACAUCAAAGAGAAGAAGGCAGCAGUGAAGGAGUUUGACGAUAAGAAGGUCGAGCUGAAGGAAAACUUAAUUGCAGAGCUGGAGGAGAAGAAGAAGAUGAUCGAGAACGAGAAGUUAACAAUGGAGCUGACAGGCGACUCUAUGGAGGUGAAACCAAUCAUGACUCGCAAGCUGAGAAGGCGACCCAACGAUCCAGUUCCCAUACCAGACAAACGGAGAAAACCUGCACCAGCUCAGUUAAAUUAUUUGCUAACAGACGAACAGAUCAUGGAGGACCUGAGAACACUGAAUAAGCUGAAAUCACCGAAGCGGCCGGUAUCCCCUUCAUCUCCAGAGCAUCUGCCCACCACUCCCAUGGAGAAUCCCUCACAGCGCUACGAGGCGCGCAUCGAGGAGGGCAAACUUUACUACGACAAAAGAUGGUACCACAAGAGCCAGGCCAUCUACCUGGAAUCCAAGGACAACACAAAGAUCAGCUGUGUCAUCAGCUCAGUGGGGACCAACGAGAUUUGGGUGAGGAAGACGAGCGACAGUACAAAGAUGAGGAUCUACCUGGGACAGCUACAGAGAGGAGCGUUUGUCAUCCGCCGGCGGUCGUCUGCGUGAAGAAUACUUUGCACCACACACACACACACACACACACACACACACACAGCCUAUUCACUUAUCCAUCCAUCCACCCACCUAUCCACCGUCUCUGUGUCUGUUGCUUCUUCCUUGAUUUUGACAUGUGGCCUCUUCUUCAUCAUCCACCCCCAUGCCACACACACACACACACACACACACACACACACACACACACACACACACACACACACACACACACCAGUCUACCAUGCCCAAGGAUGUCUGUGCAGCUUUUACCUGUUCCUUCCAACAAGCCAGAAGCUAGUCUAGCCCAGAAAAAAAAAAAACAGGAAUACACAAAACUCAAUGUUUUUCAGACAGUAUUUGUCCGUUUAUGGCAUUUUGUGACUUAAAGGAACAGUUCACCCAAAAUACAAGAAUAGAUAUUUACCCUCUUACCUGUAGUGCAGUUUACAAUCCAGAUAGCAUCUGUCUGAUUUGGCCCCUAGUUCAUACUGAGGGCGGUGAAAUGAUCAGAUUAUAUCAGAUAUUUGUAUCACUGGUUUUGGGAACAGCUGUUGCUCCUGAGUUUUUCAUAAAUUCAUUUUGACGGUUUGAGCUCUGCAAAAGAAUACCCAUCCAUUGUACUGGGAUGAAGUUAGGCAAACUGGAAACUUUGCCCGAUCACACCAAAACUAUCCAGGUGAAUAAACUGCAUCACGGGUAAAUGGGAAAUUAGCUGGGUUUUUUUUUUUUUUUUGCAUUUUGGGUGAACUGCUCCAUUAAGGUGCUCAUAAAUCAUUGUAUUUUUACAUUCUUGUUUUGUUUUUGUUUUUUUGUCCUAUGCACACAUUUUAAUGUUACUUGUCAAUACACCUCUUUUCUACACCACGCUGUCUUAUCUGGAUUUGUCAAAGUUUGUUUUAAUUUUUUUUCGUCCAUGAACGACCUCAUGGUGGUCCAGCGAAGCCGUCUUCAAAUCACUGCCAUUUCAGACUGUCUUACUAGUGAUCUGUUCUUGCACUGAGAAAGUUUUCCUGAUGGGCUUCAUGUUAUUUCCAGCAACCAUUUUGCUUAAGGCCUGUACCUAUCUGACUUGAUUUCAUCUGCUCUCGAGGUUACAAAGAUGAGGAAUUGCUUCGGGUUUGUCUGAGUCAUUAAUCCCUUCACUGAGGAUGGUUCACUUUCCUUUUACCAGAAAUCAUGCCAUGUUCGAGUAACAGAGGCUACUUUCAUGCUGUUUUGUCUGAUAUUGUGUUUGAGGAUUCAGUGCAUUAAACUUUUAAUUUCCUUGUUUGGGGGGGAAAAAAGAAAAGUAUGUAUUUGGAAGUUUUUGUUUUUUUUUUAAUUUUCUAUUUUUAUUGUCAUUGUUCAUCUCCAUAUGUGGACGAUCUGGUUUGGUUGGACUGUAUUUGCACAUGGAAGAUGUUUGAUUGUUUAUUUCUGGUGCAUACCAUUUAUUAUUAAAGAUGUUUUCUGCCUUUUA